UUCAUCUCGGCCUGUGUUUCUGGCCGGAGCCGUUUCCUGAUGGCCCAGGCGCCCCCGCCCCCACCGCCCUCCCCUGGACCCUCUUCUCUUUACCCUGGUCUUCUCUCCCCUUACCCGGCGCCGCCAGCUCUUGGGGGAUACCCUGAGGCCACCGACCCGCCGCCAUCUGCAACCACGGGAGUAGCCCGGGGCCGUUCCGGAGUCGCCCGGACCCGAGAGGCUGCUGCACCGGGCCUCAGUCACCCCUCCGGAUGCUGGUGCUGCCGUCCCCCUGCCCCCAGCCCCUGGCGCUUCCCUCCGCUGAGGCCAUGGAGGCGCCUCCCCCUCGGACAGGCGGGUCCCCAGAACCCGGACCUUCCUCUUCCACAGGAUGUCCCCAGACUUCGUCCCCUUCGAGGCCCAACCACUACCUGCUCAUAGACACCCAGGGCGUCCCGUACACCGUGCUGGUGGACGAGGAGUCUCAGAGAGAGUCCGGACCCGAUGGGGCUUCGGCUCAGAAAAAGUGCUACAGCUGCCCAGUGUGCUCCCGGGUCUUCGAGUACAUGUCUUACCUUCAGCGACACAGCAUCACCCACUCGGAGGUCAAGCCCUUUGAGUGUGAUACCUGCGGGAAGGCAUUCAAGCGGGCCAGCCACCUGGCGCGGCACCAUUCCAUUCACCGGGCAGGUGGCGGGCGGCCCCACGGCUGCCCGCUCUGCCCUCGCCGCUUCCGAGAGGCGGGCGAGCUGGCCCAGCACAGCCGGGUCCACUCCGGGGAGCGCCCCUACCAGUGCCCGCACUGUCCACGCCGAUUUAUGGAGCAGAACACGCUGCAGAAGCACGCUCGGUGGAAGCAUCCCUGAGCCAGGCUGCGGG